AUGCACGAUGGGGGACUUGACGUCCGGCCAAAGCUCCCUACGACCAUUCGAGAUGCGACCAUCGUAUGUGAGCAACUUGGGGAGAGAUACUUGUGGAUUGACGCACUUUGCAUCAUGCAGGAAUCUUCGCGAGACUUGAAGUUUCAAAUGCUUCGGAUGAGGCAGAUAUAUUCCGCAGCCAAGUGCACCAUCACUGCCGUGUCAGCUGAAUCAACGGCAAUCGGAUUGUUUGGUAAUUUGCCAGCCCAACAGUUGGGGUCUUGGAAAGAGUGUAAGUCAGAGGAAUCUCUAAACGCUAUGAUCGAGUCGUCGCCCUGGAGCAGUCGCGCAUGGUGUUACCAGGAGGAGGUUCUGUCACACCGUCUCAUCCUGUUCACGUCGAGUGGGAUAUAUAUGCAGUGCCGAGCGGGCUCCUACGAUGCGAACGGAUCUCGGCUACAGGGCAAAGAGAGCCAGAGCGUUUCCAAGUUCAACGCUGUUGGCAGUAUACUCUUUAUACCUCCUGGCGAAGAGCUAGAGUCGUAUAUCCCUGCGGUCGAGCAUUAUUCCCAACGGAAGCUCACCAGGAAGGAUGACAAGAUAAAUGCCUUUCAAGGAGUGUUUCGGAGGUACAAUGGGAAGAUGGACGGCGAGACAUCCUUGUUUUGCUACGGCCUCCCAAUAUGUGCCUUUGAUCAACUUAUAUGCUGGCGCACUCGCCGACACAAUCCGCACCUCAGCAACCAAGUAUUCCCUACCUGGUCAUGGCUGGGCUGGGACGACGCAGUCUCGUUCGAUCGGAAGAUGCUUCAGACAGCCUGUACAAGCCAAGUGAUUUACGAUCCCGGCCUCUUCUACCACGAAGGCGUUGAAGAUAACCUUGAACUACGAAAACCGGCAUGCCAUGCUUUGACGGGCCCCAGGUUUGGAAUUCCCGCCGCGACUGGUGGUAAUUACUACAACAACCCAGAGCGGUGGUUAUAUGGAUGUAUGGCAGAUUUACGCCUUGCACUUGACCACGUCGAAUCCGAUGCCUCCAAUAGUCUCUACGCCGUGUUCCCGAACAGGUGCAGUCAGAGUCAGCAGCCCUCUCUGCCGCCCCCGCGAAAGAUUACCUUGUUUGACUUGCUCUCGCAGCCGCUGCCAGAGAUCAAGUGGAUGGAUGCGGAGACAGCGGCCGCACCAUCUGUCCCAGCAGCCAAGCAGACAGAAGAAAAAGCUACAUAUGGCUGGAUGCGGCCUGGCGCGCCAGACCAGUGUAUCAUGAGGUUCAUGGUGUUAUCAGGAGAGAAGGGUCCCAAGAGGCAAGGAGAGUGGAAGAUAACCAUGCUCAUGUGUUUGCAGCGGAUGGAGAAGAAUGGCCACUACUGGGCAGAUGAACGAGUGCAGGUGAUGGACUGUGAGAUCGAUGAGAAGAGCCGGAUGAAGAUCGGGGCAAAAGUCAUCAAGUUCAAGCUUGUUUGA